GGAACUGUACAAAGGCUAGGAGGCAGCAGGGUGUCUGACUUGUUUCUGAUAGGACAAAUCAGAGUCUCUGGAGGGGGAUGAACCCCAGGGAAAGAAGAGACAGAUCGAGAUAAAGAGAUCUCAGGGACCAUUUAAAGGCUGCAGUUCACUUUCCUUCUGUUGUUUUGUUGUUGUUUGUUUGUUUGGGUUUUUUGUUUGCUUGUUUGUUUUGUUUUGUUUGUUUUUGUUGUUCAGACAAGGUCUCUCUCACCACCAGGAAGGCCUCAAACCUCCCACCCUCCUGCCUUGGAGGUUGAAUGAACUGGAAAGCCACAAGAGAAUUUAGAUCUGAGAAGUGACAGAGGUCUGACUUGUGUUUUCUCAGACCAUCCUGGGAGAUGCAGGACAGAGGAAGGAGGCAGAGUCCCUCCAUCCCUGAAAUAACCACGCCCUGUGUUGACCAACAGGAAAAAGUAGACCAGACCCAUAAAUCCAUCAAUCUCUGCAGUGCAGUGCUUUCAAACUUCGUUGUGUGUCUUCAUUUCCUGGCGAUAUUUGGUAAAAUUGCAGGUUACAGGCCGUUUCUCCCAAACUCAUUUAGCGGGUCUGGAGCUGGGCAUUGGGAUCAGACGACGCCUGCGCUGGGAUUUGAAGAAGCACCCUGUGAGUUAGCAAGAGUUCUAAGCUUUCGGGUGCUUGGCUGGAAGAGGGGGUUGGAAGCAGUAUCCCCUCCCCUAAAGCCUCGGACAAAGAGGGGUCCUCCUUCCAACAUUGCUCCUUAGCCGCUGCACAAGGGAAGGUUGAUGCGGCAAAACGGGGAGUAACUGGCGGGUGUCCUCAGCGAAAAGCGCCCCCUCCUGCCGCCAGACAAAGGGCGGUGUCCUAUAAAGGUUGUGACAGAGGUUCUGUGUCCAGGCGAGGGCGCACACGGACAGCCGAUGUCCGCUGCGACAGACACUGACAGCGCGGGCUCCCAGCUCCUGGGAAGAAGUGCGUUGACCUAAGAGAGCGGGAGUGGGCAGAAGCAAAGGGGCCACCGGACAGACCAGAGAGAACAGAGAUGUGGCCACUUGGUAGCAGCCACUUAAGGGACUCAUUAGGUGACCAGGGAACUUUAGAGGGGCAGAGACAGACAGUGCCGCGGUACUAGGGAGCCUGUCUAGCCUCCUAAGGCACGUGUGUUGUUCAAGCCGUGUCCGUGGUUAGCUGGAACCAGCGCCAGUCCCCUGCAUCCCAGAGCAUCUCCGGGGUUCUUUAUACCGCCGCCAGCUCUCUCAGCGAUCCUCCGAUACUUUGCAGAUGUGUAAUUUCAACCUCUAGAUGCUUUCCCAGACUCCCGAAAUAACAUAUCGGGCAGGUUUGCCACGGUGAGAUGAGGUAACUUUUUGUUUUUUAAGAGUGGGGAGGGGAUAGCUGGGAAAUAGAGGGUUCGCAGACAAGCUGCAGAUUGGACAGAAAGAGCAGAGACGUCAAGCGCGAGCAGGCUGCGAGGCACCGGUGUAAAGUGCGCCUCGGCCCCGAUGGCCCCGAUGGCCCCGAUGGCCCCGGGACUCAAGAAAGUUGUUGAAGGAGACCGCCUCAGUCCGCUCGCCACAAAGAGGAACCUGGACAUGACCAGUAAGAUCUUCACAAACACGAGGGAGCGGUGGAGGCAGCAGAGUGUCAACAGCGCCUUCGCCAAGCUGAGGAAACUCAUCCCCACUCACCCUCCAGACAAGAAGCUGAGCAAAAAUGAAACGCUUCGCUUGGCAAUGAGGUAUAUCAACUUCUUGGUCAAGGUCCUGGGAGAGCAAAGCCUACAGCAAGCAGGAGUAGCUGCUCAGGGAAACAUUCUGGGGCUCUUUCCCCAAGAGCCCCACCUGCCAGACAUGGAUGAAAGACUUCUACUCAAAGACUAUGGAGUUGCUUCCCCUGACCCCAGCCGUGAGGCUCCCUAAGGUGGCUGUGGCU